AUGACACGUGCAUCUCUAGUUCGGAUCGACGGUAAAUUGAAAGCAGGUCGGUACAUUUUUGACAUCUUAUGUCCAGUGGUUUUGCCCUAUCUUCGAGGCCUGCCAAACACCCUCUUCCAACAAGAUAAUGCAAGACCAGAUGUUGCACUCCGUGUUUGGACCUUCCUCGAUCUGUCACCCAUUGAAAAUAUCUGGUCAUGGGUUGCUGAAAGACUGGCCCACCACCCCUCUCCAACUACUACGGUUGAUGAAGUGUGGAAUAGACAUGAAGCAGCAUGGAAUGAGUUACCUGUUUCUGUCAUGCAAGCCCAGAUUCACACCACGCCUUACCAGGUAAAGGUUGUUUUAGCUGCCAGAGGUGGUAGCUGUUUUUAA